CAUGGAGGAUCAGUAGGCAAACUGUGGUCAUCAGAGGAGAGCAGCACAGCUCUGAUCCCCGGGAGUUUUUCAACUGUUCGCCGACCGAUUUUUACCGCAACAAACGAAAUAUUUCAAAAUGGACAUGAAGAAGAGGAUCACCUUAGAGCUGCGGAACAGGAGCCCAACGGAGAUCGCAGAGCUGGUGCUGGACAACAGUCGCUCUGCUGACGGGGAGGUCGAGGGUCUGACAGACGAGUUCACGGAGCUCGAGUUCCUCAGUAUGGUCAACGUGGGUCUGAGCUCGCUGGCUAAGCUGCCCUCACUGCCCAAACUACGCAAGUUGGAGCUGAGCGACAACAACCUGUCGGGCUCUCUGGAGACGCUGUCAGAAAAAUGUCCCAACCUGACCUACCUCAACCUGAGCGGGAACAAAAUCAAAGAGUUGAGCAACGUGGAGGCACUGCAAAACCUGAAGAGCCUGCAGAGUCUGGACCUGUUUAACUGUGAGAUCACGUCUCUGGAGGACUACAGGGAGAGCGUGUUCGAGCUGCUGCCUCAGGUCACCUACCUGGACGGCUUCGACCAGGAGGACAACGAGGCGCCCGACUCUGAGGCCGACGAUGAAGACGAGGAUGGCGAGGAUGGUGCGGGGCCGACUGGAGACUACGAUGAUGAGGACGAUGAAGAGGAGGAUGAGGAUUGCUCAGAGGGAGCAGAGGUGGGGCUGAGCUUUCAGGUGAACCGUGCUGAUCAGGAGGACGAUGAUGAUGAAGACGACUAUGCAGAGGAGGAGGAAGAAGAGGAUCAGGCAGGUGUUCAGGGACAGAAGAGGAAGAGAGACGUGGACGACGAAGGCGAGGAUGACGACGACGAUGAAGACGACUAGCCGCCCAGCUGACGGUCGUCUUUGUGUCGUCCUGUCCUGUUUCUGUCCGUCUCAGUCCUCCCUCGGACCCGACCUCCACCAGACAACGAAAAAACAAACAGCUCGAUCAAUCAGGGCCGCAGCAACAGGAACAGUGUGAUCAGUUUUCACUUCUUUAGAUCGUCACCGCUUUGUUUUAGAGAAGAUUUAUCAGGACACGCCUCCCUUUAAACCUUCUUCAGGAUUAAACUCCGCCUCUUCUCCUCAUCCCAGACUCUGAUCCUGGACUCACACUGAUGUCACUUCCUUCACCAGACCAGAGUAAACAGCUGCAGCUCAAAUGAAGCGGCUCAGAUGAAUAAAUCAGGGGUUUUUCUGUUUUGGGGAUAGAUGCUUACUCUGGGAAAACAAACAGCAUCUAAUUUCAAGUUUUGAAAAGUUCCUGGCAUCAAAUUUAAAUCCAGCUCAGACCAGAAGACUUCAGCCUCACAUACUGAACCUAAACACCACGAAGGUUCUUUAAGAUAACAUCUCUGAAUACUUCCUUUGAUUAACAGCCCAAACAAACACCUGUAUAUAAAGAUGGAUGGCACAUCUACUCUUCCAAGUGCAGAACAAGAGUGAAGCCAAAAUAUGGCAUGAGCUGGCUUUUGCUGUUGUCUUGUUUUCUGUUUGCUAACCUCCGUUAACAAAUCAAGAAAAAAGCUGUAGUUAGGCGAGAGGCAGGUUGCACCUCAGACUGGUCGCCGGUCGAUCACCGGGCUGCUGCAUACAAACAACCAGUCAUGCUCACAUCUACGGGUAAUUUAGAGUUACCAAAUGACCUAAAGAACUGGACUGUGAAAGGAAGCUCAAUUCCCAGGAGAACCCAUGCAUGCUAGAACAUGCAAACUCCACACAAAAAGUCCCAAUCUGACUAAGAUUCCAACCAGGAACCUUCUUGCUAUGAGGCGACAGCGGUAACCACUGCUCCUAAUUUUUAGCCAUAUAGUCAGCUGAAUGCCAUCUCCCGAAAUUUGCCGCACAUCGUUUUUAUUAAGCCUUGCCGAGCCCCGUCACUUUUGGAAUUACUGAGUUAAAUGAUCUAUUUAACUUCAUGUUGUUAAGGACAAUAGUUUAUUUAAGAUUAGCAUUGAGCAAUGCUAAAUGUCUUAGCCCGGCAGUGGAAUUUUCCAUUAUGUGUUAGCAUAGGGCUAACAAACAUGAUUUACAUCCCGGUCCAUCUCUAAGGAUCUCUGAGUUUUUAGCAAAUAAUUUCCAGUGACUUUUGAAGAAUAAUUUCUUAAAAAUCCACAUCCCAACUUAUUAUUCAACAAACAGCUCGUUAAAAUGAAAAAUUUUAGAAAAAUGAAAACUUGGAGAUAAAUCAGCGUGAUAUAAAGUAAUUAUAAUGGCAGAGGCCAUGUUUGAGGAAAGUUUACUUGACCUUGUUAUUAUAUUUUUAUUUGUCCCAUCUGUUAAUGUGGUGGAGGCGGAGCUAAGGGGGAGCUCUAAAUAUUUUGGCUUCACUUUUAGAGAGGUGUCAUAUCGUCCAUCUUUUUAUACAGACUUGGGUCCAGACGAAAAGAUGUUUUCAAACCUCUGGUUCUGCUGGUUUCCUGGUAUUCAAUCUAUUUUGGAAUUUGAGAUCAGUUUUGGACCUAAACAGGAGUUGGAGGUCUUUAUUCUUGUGGUCUGAACUGGUUUGCUGUCUACACGCUCCAUCUCAAAGUUGCAGAGUUUCCCUUUAAUCAGAAGAAGCCGAGCAAUCAAACCAUCAAAAACGUGAUCCAUCCUGAGCAAACAAACUGAAGGCAAAGCAGAAACCUUUCAUCAGGAUCUCCCUCCUUCGGCUCAAGAUUCACUGUUUCCUCUCCAACACAGGAGGAGCAGAAAGCAAAGCGUCCUCAGGAGAGCCGUCAUAGUCUAACAGCUGAUCCACACCUUUAUAAGCACCAUCACCCGGUUCUGUCUGCAUCUGGACUCUAACAGGACCAUCAGGGAUGAGUUUCAGGAUCUCCGUUCCCCACCAAACCGGACGAGUAGUGAUGACAUGACUCUGCUGCCUCCGCCCGUCACACCUGCUGUAGACACGAUGAUAAUAUUCCCAGUGUGUGUUUGAUUUAUUGUAGGGGUUUUCCAGGGAAGAUUAGGGGGCGGGCGGGGGGAAAUAUUAGUCUGACGUGUUUGUAUUUUUGAAGUUGAACGACCCAUUUUUCUUUUCUUUUUUUUUUUUGUCCCUGAACAGCUGUUUUUUUAGUUUGAUGUGAAGGCGAGCGGCUCAUUCUCAAACUGCCCGUCCCCUCGUCAUGUUCAGACCGCUGUUGUGUCACUGUUCAGGCUCCGCCUCCUUCAGCCCACCAGCUGAACCUGCAGCUCCUUCAGAGACCAUAGUUUACUGACAUGUAGACCAGAACCUGUGGUGCAUUCAGGUGCUUGUACUGUCAGGAAUCGGGAGCUUUGUGCAUAAAGAAUAUUCAGAUUUUAGCAUUUGAUGUCUUGCUUAUAUACAAAGAAAAAAAAAUUCUGAUAAAAACAUCACACCAAACUGUCCAAUCAGAGGUUGUUCCGUGACUCAGCAGAGUUUCAACAGACAUGAGAUCUCACAGAAACUCAUGAGCAAACGUGAUUUCAGAAGAUAAGCAUGUACAGCUCUAAAAUCGUCCAGUGUGUAGCCAGCCUCAGCAGAGAGCACCUGCAUGCAUCCUGAUGACUUGGUUCAUGACUUCUAGUCUGAGUGUGAAGGAGGUAGAGUCACAAACAGGACACACCUGUCGUGUCUGAUUCAGGUGUCACUGCUCAGCGUCGGAGUCUCCAUCCACGCAGGCAGCAAUUCUUUACUUCCUGUGGCUGAACCAGGACCUGACUGACCCGACAGGAGAUAAAUGAUUCAUCACAAACAAUGACACAUAUUAAAGAUAAUUAAUCUCAUUGAUUGAAUAUCACAGAGUAAGACUUUAUCUCCUGACAGGUGAGUUUUUUCCCUGUCCUACAGCAGCAGAUCCUGUACAGCUCUGACUUUUAACUGCUGUAAACUUUAAGCUUUUUCUCUUGUUUACACUCUUAAAAAUGACUAAACAGCUUCCAUGUGUCAUAUUGUCAGCAGAGGAUCAUGGGAAAAAGAUCAAGGCUGCAGUCAUAUGGAAAGUUUUCUCUUUUUGGAUUAGCUUUUAAAUUUCACCUGGGCGUGUCAAUCAGUGGUAAAACAUCCAAAUUUGUUUUGAUGAGCUUGUGUUUUUAUCAGAUUAUUUGAGCUUUAAAAGAUUUCCCUUCAAAAUUUUGCAAAGAUUUUUGCAAAACCAGAAUUUUAUAUUGAUUUGUAAUAUUUUAAAAUUUAAAUGCAGCUGAUACCUGUGAGGAAGAAAAAAUAAAAGGCACAAAAUUUUAAUUGUUUUAAUUGGCGUAGAUCGCAGGCAGAGUUUGCAUACUGUGAAGUUUAAGGGAAGCCAGUUAGGGAUCAGGUCUUUAUCUCUACCUUCAAGACUGGAUUGGAUGUUGAAAUUUUUCACAACCACAUUGCACAUAGAUUUUUGACCAUAGAUGUUCAUGUUUUUUUCCCUUCAGAGAUCUCACUAUGUGUCAUGGGAAGCCAGUGCAGGAUUAAGUCCUUGUUUCUACUUUAAGAGUAAACUGAGAGAUUUUCCAUCAGAUUGAAACGUGCUAUCAAAAACCAAGUUGAACAACCUUGCUACACUGUAAUUUACUACUCAGGGUUAAAUAUCCAUCAGUAAUGUCAAAAAGAGUUAUCAUGGAAGCCAGUUAGGGAUCAUGUCCUCAUUUCUACAUUUAAGAUUUGACUUAAAGAUUUCAAAAUAUAUGGUUUUGAAUAUUAGACAACCUUGCAUGUUUAAUUUUUUUCAUUGACAUUCAUGGGCUUGAGUCCCUUUAGCAAUCUCAUUAUGUGUCAUGGGAAGCCAGUUUGGGUUUAAGUCCUUGUUCCUACGUUAAAAGAUAAACUGAGAGAUUUUCCAAAAAUGUCAAAUUUGAAACCUUACUACACUGUUAUUUACUACUCAGGGUUUAAUAUUUACCAGUAAUUUCUUUAGGAGUUAUCAUGGGAAGCCAGUCAGGGAUCAUGCCCUAAUAAAGGAAUUUUGUUCCUAUUGAAACCAGGGAUUGAAAAGUGAGGAAAACCAGAAAACUGAACUACUUUUUUAUUUAUAAGUGCAGAAAAUUGUGGGCUUAACUCCCAUUCCAUGUUAAGGAAAGCCAGUUCGGGACUGUGUUCUUGUUGUCAGAUGAGGCUGAACUGAGAUGAUUUGCUUGAUAUAAAUCAUGUGAUGUGUUUGGACAACCUUGCUACUUUCUUAUUUACAACUGUGGAGGAUAUUGGUUUGAUUCAUCAAAGGCUGCUCAGUGGAAGCCAGUUAGGGAUAACCUUGUUUGACAUUCUAAAUAACGGUAUAAAAGAGUACUGAAGAAUUUGAAACGAUCACUAGAUUGUUUUGUACAACACCUAAACCCAUGAGUGCAGAGAUCUUAAUCCGUGUCAUUGAGGGAAGCCAGUUAGGGAUCAAUCUACGUGAGAGUUCUGCUUGAAUGUCUCACUCUAAUUUCUGAAUUUAUUUCAUACUUACUGACGAUACAAGCUUCACAUGUUAGUACCAUCUCUUUUAAAUGAAAUGAGUCUGCAGCCUCGUGUUCCUCCUCUAAAGACACGGCUGUGUUCAAACGUUCAUGUUGUUUUUAAGAGUGUAAAAAGCUCACGCCUGUCAGACCUGCUGAGGUCGGCUCUAACUCUGGUUUUUAAGGCAAUACUGUAAAUAGACUUUCAGCUCAGUUUCAGGUUUUUUUUUGUUUUGUUUUGUUUUGUUUUUAUUGUUUUUAAAGGAUAAAAUAAUUUUACAGAUGUUUUUUUUUCUUUUUCUGCAGCGAGGUGAUAGUUGACCCGCGUCUUUGACCCCAGCUGUUACUUUCCCUCCAUCAUCCUGUCUGUGGGGAAAAAUCUAAUGUGUUUGACUCUUUGUGGUGUAAAACAAACUGCGGGUUUUGAAUUAAAAAAAGAUGAAAGAAAAGAGUUUGUGUUUGUGAA